GGCGAGCGAGAUUCCUGUUCGCGGUGCCUUUGGACCGAGUGGACACCUGCCUUCCUGGCUCCCAACCUCGACAACCCGCCCUGGCUCUCUAGCGACUCCACACCCACAACCCGAGGUGGCAUUUUAGACAAGAGCUAGCUUGCGAUUCCCGGAAGCCAUGGCUCAAGCCUACGACGACGAGGAGUUGUCAAUCUCGUUGUCCCCAUCCCAGAUCCGGCGCAACAGGCGACCAGGCGAGGGCCACCAGGAACAAGCCAUUUCUCAACACCAACAACACCAUCGCCAACAUCACCACGACCAGGCGGUCCCGGGCUCCUCCAUCGACGCCGCCAUCAUGUCCUCAACAUCCGCCCCGCUCCGCGACAAGUCGCGCACCGAGCAGCGCAUCGGCGCCUACAACAUUGUCAAGACACUCGGCGAGGGGAGCUUCGGCAAGGUCAAGCUAGCCGUGCACCGCGGCACCGGCCAGCAGGUCGCCCUCAAGAUCAUUUCGCGGAAGAACCUCAUCAGCCGGGAUAUGCAGGGCCGUGUCGAGCGCGAAAUCGAAUACCUUCAAUUGCUCCGCCACCCACACAUCAUCAAGCUGUUCACCGUUAUCAAGACUCCGACCGAGAUUAUUAUGGUGCUCGAGUAUGCCGGUGGCGAGUUGUUUGACUACAUCGUCGCGCACGGCAAGAUGCAGGAGGAUGAGGCCCGCCGCUUUUUCCAGCAGAUGCUAUGCGCCGUCGAGUACUGCCACCGCCACAAGAUUGUCCACCGCGACCUCAAACCCGAGAACCUCUUGCUCGACGACAACCUCAAUGUGAAGAUUGCCGACUUUGGCCUGAGCAACAUCAUGACCGACGGCAACUUCCUCAAGACCAGCUGCGGGUCGCCGAACUACGCCGCACCCGAAGUCAUCGGCGGCAAGCUGUAUGCCGGGCCCGAGGUGGACGUCUGGAGUUGUGGCGUCAUCCUCUACGUUCUGCUCGUCGGCCGCCUCCCGUUCGACCACGAGCACAUCCCCACCCUAUUUGCCAAGAUUGCCCGGGGCAGCUACAUGGUACCGACCUGGAUGAGCCCCGGCGCGGCGAACCUCAUCAAGAAGAUGCUUGUUGUGAACCCAGUCCAGCGUGCCACUAUCGAGGACAUCCGCCAGGACCCGUGGUUUCUCAAAGAUUUGCCCCCAUACCUCCACCCUCCCGUCGAAGAGUUCCUCAACACGGGCGUCGACCCGAACAAAGCCAUCAAGGUGAGCGACAUUGCCCCCAACGCGCCACCAAAGGAGCAAGAGAAGCUGCACAACGAAGUCACGGACAAGAUUAGCAAGACUAUGGGGUACGGGAGGCGGGACGUCGAAGAGGCACUCGAGGCCGACGAGCCGUCUGCCAUCAAGGAUGCCUACAUGAUUGUGCGGGAGAACAAGAUGAUGCAGAGCAACCAACUCUCUGGUCUCGGCGUUGAAGAUGCGACUCCAAGUCCGUUAUUGGAUCCGACCAUGUCGUCAGCCCGGUCCGUUACUUCCACGAGCACGGGGACGUCCGCAAGACCUCCAUACGUGAGCAAAGUGGGCAUCCUUCCGAGUAGCUUGACGGUGUACCACAAAGUGUUUAUGGACCGCGAGAGGGCGCGGGCCGAGGGCAUCGAUGUCACAGACACCCCGUUUGCCGCGCCAGAUCCCGGCUCUCACCCGCGGAGUCAGGCUGAGCAGGAGGAGACACUUCGCCGUCUAAAGCCCCACGCUCGCAGUUUUGUUCCUCUAGACGACACGAGCCGCCCGCAAGGGCUUACCCCUGUGAAUCCGCCAAAGAAGAACAAACCCGUGAGGUGGCAGUUUGGCAUUCGCUCCAGGAACGCCCCCUGGGAGGCUCUGUUGUGCAUCUAUAAGGCGCUGAACAAGCUCGGGGCCUCGUGGAUGGUGGACGAGGACUAUGAUGCGGCCCACCAAGACGACGAGGGUGGCGAUUACAAUGGCGGUCGACACUCGCGCAAGCAGAGCUCGUCGUCAGGUGCCGACCCGAGGGAGCUGUACAAGCUCCCGGCCGACCCGUGGCAUAUUAAGAUUCGCUGGGCAACCGAUAAACUUCAAAAGCGCUCGGUUGCUUCAGGGCUCAGUGAGGCCGGUGCCAACUCUCAAGUUACCCGCGAGGGCCAAGACGUCCACGUAGUCGCUAUGCGCAUGGAGAUUCAGAUCUACGAAAUGGAACCCGGCGUCUUUCUCGUUGACUUCAAGGUUGACGGGUACGAAACGCCCGAGGGUAAACUCCUCGAGGACAAGGAAGUCGCGAGUCCGUUUCCGUUCCUCGAUAUGGCCGCUAGGCUUAUUAUGCAGCUGGCCGAUGCGGAUUAGGAAGACGAUCGGCCAGAACAUGAUUUGCGGUUUUUGAAUGGUUCGACGGGUUAGUCGAGGCGCCACGGUAAUUUUUGGGCCCGCGUGGCGUUAUCAGUCGGCGUCGUCUUCGUUGGCGAUCGUCCCUUUCCUGCCGCGGGUUGGUUGUUCACGCCACUGACGAGCGGGAUCAAGACC